AAGAAAAAUUUCACACGUUUUCUUGGCGUUGUUUCUCGUCCGGCGUUACAUUUUUUAUCGUUUAUAUUUUAUUUCGGCUGUUGUAAUGUAAAAUGUAACGUUGGACUAAUGUCCGAUGCAGGAUUAUAAGUUCAAAUCCGAAUCUGCCAAGACCAGCUUACUAAAUAUGUAGGGAGCACAAAAACAAAAUGUCGUUACCGCCAUCAAUAGUCAUCUCAAGAACACCUACUUGACACAUUGGAAACACGCUCAAUAAAUGGACUGCACAUAGAUGCGCAAAGAUGGCUUCGCAUACCCGCCCAAAUAUAGAGAUAUUAUCACAACAUUUUAUAACAAAAAAACAAAAAAUGACAACUUAUAGAAACAUGGAACCUCACAAAAUUAUCUUAGACCAGGGAAAGAAAAUGAGAAUUGUUGAAAAAAUAUCAGAUCCGGCUAAUAAAGACCUGGACAGUUUGGUUACACACCAUAAUAUAGAAAAUGAUGGGAAUUUACCAGACAAAAAGUCUCACAAAAACGUGGAGAAUAAAACGCAAGGUCUGACUGCCAAAGCAACUACAAUUGAAUUAGUGGGUGGCAUAUUCUGUCACACAUGCAAGUUACCAUAUUCCAAUAAAAAGGAAUUUGAUGUUCAUUAUGCUAAACAUGGCAGUGGGGAGCCCAUGUAUGGUUGUGUGGUGUGCUACAAAGAAUUUAAGAGCUAUCCCAGUUUCCGAGGUCAUUGUUACACCAUUCAUGUCAUCAAGGAAAGACACAAGUGUGAAUUUUGUAACAAAACUUUCUCAAAGUUUGCAGCUCUGAAGGAACAUACCAAAAUUAUGCACAUCUUCAAAUGUUCUACCUGCAGUAAGCAAUUUUCAUCCAAAAACGAGCUAGUACUUCACCAGACUAUCCACGAAACAUCGAACGCACCACCGUACCACUGCCAGAUAUGCGAAGUGGAGAUAGAUACCCUGGACAGUUGCAAAAACCAUGCUGACAUGCAUACCGUGAACAUAUAUAGUUGCCCAAUUUGCAACGAAAAUAUACCAAGUCGAGACAACGCUGCCGACCAUCUUAUAAAACAUUUCGAUAAUGUGGAGGAUAACCUAGAUAUAAAACUGGAGGUAAAUUCUGAUAACCCUGAGACGUCGGUGGAAUACUUGGGAGGUAUAGCAUGUAGAUAUUGCCCUGUGGUGUCGAAGAACAGGGUUGAAUUCGAUGCGCACUUCUCACACGAGCAUGGGGAUGAAGAUAUCGUGUACAUGUGUGUCGUUUGUGACAAAUCAUUUGAGAAGUACUCUGUGUUUGCGGAGCAUGCUUACAAUCAUCGCGCUAAAAAUCGAUAUUGCUGCAGCAUAUGCCUCAAGCCCUUCAACCGUCUAUCGCUGCUGAGCGUGCAUACGGCAGCAUGCAAGGCCGACGCCGACGCCAGCGGCAAGCCCUUCGCAUGCUCGGAGUGCGAGCGUCGCUACGUCACUGAGCGGCGCCUGCGCCAACACUUGCUCGACGAGCACGGCCUUCACUGCCUCACGUGCCCCGUGGAGCACUGCCAGAAAACAUUCGCAUCCCCAAGAGAGCUGCUACUCCACCGGCAAGUCCACAGCACCCACCAGAACUGGUGCAGGCAGUGCAACCUGCCCUUCCCCACGCUCAUCUCCUGCUCGCAGCACCUGGAAGCGCACAAGAGGAAGCUGUUCGGCUGCCCCGUGUGCAACAAGACCUACCACGAGAGACACAUGCUCUUGAACCACCUCGCCCAGCACUUCACCAGUAUCCUGCAUAUAUGCAAGGUAUGCGGUAAGGUGUACAACAACCGGCGCAACUUCAUGGAACACUUGAAGACCCACAGCGAGAAGAAAAUCCACAGCUGCUCAUACUGCGGCAAAGGCUUCCCCAAGCUGGAGCGUCUGCAGGAACACCUCAACAUCCACACCGGCGCCAAGCCGUACAAAUGCCCCAUUUGCUCCAGAACAUUCGCUAGCUAUGCCAACUGGUCCACACAUAAGCGUCGCAUGCACAACAUCGAAGAGAAAAUAUAUAAUACACACAAUCCCACUUCUGAUGUCAAAAAUGGAUAUUCUGAAGAAGAAUGCACUCAAAAUGAUAUAAACUAUUCAAAUUCACACUCAUCCGAACAUGAUGAAAGUUUGGCAGAAGUGAACCCCCAAAUAAACGACACAGAUAUUAAACUCAAUUACGUGUACCAAGUACAAGAUAAUGGUAACGAGACACAGACUACAAAUAGUAUCAACAUACAAGAACCAGAGACUAUAGACCACAUAGAUCAAAUACAAGAUAACAAUAUGGAGGCAGAGUCAAUAAUCCACAUAGACAUUGAGAAGGAGCUACAGAUUUUGGAGAACAUUUCGGAGAACCAGAACAACAAUGUUGAAAUUGUGGAUGUGCUUGCUACUCAUCCAACUAUUUUUGAUAAUGCAGGCACAGAAGUACCUCCAAGCACGGCUCCCACCGAAGCGAACAACUUCCCUCCAGAGUACGGGCCAGAGUUUGUCCUCGGAGACAGCUACGGCUUUCUCGACUUAGAUGACCACAUGCUACCUCACAUAGACCCCCUAUUGACCAUCAAGACCGAGGAGAUCAACCACAACGACCUUCCACUUCUAGACUUGGACGCUGGUAUGUACCAAGUAGCCCCCAAGUGGGAGCCCCCGAUAUUCACCAAGGUUUGCCCCGAGUACCCCUACGGUUAUGGGGACAUGGUCGACUCGAAUCGGCUGUCUAUGAUGAACACUGAUAUAUUUUGAAGAGUUUUUCUUUACAUAGUUCAUAAUCGUAUUUUUGUAUCUACGCGUUAAGGCCGGAACGACUUCGUGCGUGUUAAUGCGAGUUUGUAAUGUGUAACUUGUUAUAUAACUUUUAGUAAUAUACAAAAUCCUUCAGUAGUAUCUAAAUGUUAAAAUAUUUCCAUAAAUUACACUACCAUUGCCACAUUAAAUUACAACAAAAUCAAAACAUUGGUAUUUCAAUAAGUGUCAUAAGAUGCAUCCAGAUUGUGUAAUAUGUUAUAAAACUUAUUUAUUGUUAUAAAUCCGUGAAACAUGCCACAUCACACAAUAAAAUAAUUCUUACACGUUUUCAUAUUUCAAUAACAUUUUAAGAUUGUGUAACAUGCUAUAAAACUUGUUGCCGAACACAUCUACAUUAUUUAACACUCUUAUAUAACAUUUGUCCACGGUGAAAAAUAAAUAUACAUAAACAUAAAAUGUUUUAUAAACAGAGAAAUAUACUGAGAAAACCAAUUUAUAACAUAUCACGAUUGAGUUAUUAUUUAUUUACUUUACAUUUUUGACAGUUUAUACAAUUAUAACAUGACAAAAUAUUAUUUAUCAUGAAUUGUUACAUAGUACAGACUCACGUGUUAGGAAUGCGACUUUUUUGUCGCAAGGCCGUCAUUAAUGUCGCACGACGCCGUUCCGCCCCACCCAGCUACCUCGAACGGAAACGAUGAUGUACCUCAGUUAUACAAUAGUAUCUAUUUUAAUGUUUAUAGAGUAUACAUUUUUAACAUAUAUCCCACCAAACAUUAGACGGUUAAUGUUAUCAUAAUUCGUAGUGAUGCUACCUCAUUUAGUUAAGUUUCUCUCUUUAGCUUCGUAAGGCCUCGAAAUGUAACACUUACAAACCCAAUGUCCAUUAUAAAGUACAUUACUUUUUAACUUAAAAUGUUGGGAACAAGAACGCUUUACGGGAAUUUAUUUCACGUUGGCCAUAUAAGAAUUUUAUGAAGAACAGCAUUGUACAUUAUAAUGCACAUUGAGCAUUCAAUAGUUUUCAAGGUAAGUAGCAUUAAAACUACCGAAAGUGAACAACUCUGUAUUUCAAUAUUAUUCAGCUUGUGCGUUUUUAUGUUACGUUUAUAUGCACCAAGGUAUUCCUUCCUACCUUUAAGAAUCGUGCACACUAGUCAUCCAAGUCCAAGCCCAUUGGAUGCAACUAGACAUUAGCUCGCUUAGGCUAAUUUAGUGACUUAUCACAAGACCAAUAUGUUGGUACAAUACUACCGUUAUAACAGUAGACACUCGCUGGUUUAACUGGUCUACGAUUGGUCACAGCUGUUCGCGGACUCUCAUACAACGCUAAGAAUAUACAUGUCUGUGCGUCCAGUCAACGGAUUGGACCACAUGUCCAACUAGACGCGAACAAGUGCGUGACAGAAUGAAUAGUUUCGUAGAACAUCUGGUUCAAUGCGUCCAGUAGUCUGGGACGUACACCCUUAUUCACAAAAGUAAUUAUGAGGUCCAGGGGGGACUCGAACGCACACUGUAGGUUCCACCAAUCAGA